CCAACGUUCAACCUUUUAACUUCAACCAACUCAAAUUCACCAACGGAUCUGUAUAGCGCCACAUCCCAACAACUACCUCACAUAACACGGACGAUAUAUACACCUGAGUUCAUACGAUAGUUCCUGCCCGAGUUCAUCAAGUUCGUCGGUCGCGAUGGAUCUCGUCUCAAGCAUUCGCAAGACGGGCUCGCGCGGUGGCGUCAAUUUCAAUUGGGAGGAUGUCGCCAAUUCGAAUCACCGAGAAAAUUAUCUCGGUCAUAGUUUAAAAGCCCCCGUCGGCCGUUGGGCAAAGGGCAGAGAUCUUACUUGGUACGCAAAAGCCGAUGCACCGGAAUCAUCUGGCACGGAGACGGAGCAGGAAAAGACAGAAAGAGAACGAAAGGAAGAGCUCAAGCGAAUCAAACAGGCGGAAGAAGACGCUCUGGCCCGUGCAUUAGGACUACCUGUUGCCCCUCGAAAUACCACGGGCGCGAAUGCCGUUAAUGUGAGCUCAGGACGAGGCAUGGCUGGCGGUAGUGAUUCGAACGUUGUGAGGGAUGGGGAGGGGCCAAUCGACAAUAACCAUAAGACAUCAAAGAAGCAUGAUGACUCCGAGAGACGCCAUCGGAGACGACAUAGGAGUAGGAGCCACAGCAGAGAGAGGCGCCGUGAUAGGUCACCAAGGAGAGGAGAUGAUUACUCUACGCACAGAUCAAGGGAUGAUAGAGAUGAUAGACACGACCGUCGAGGGAGAAGGGAUUACAGCGCAGGACGCGACGAGCACAGACAUAAAAGAAGCCAUCGACGGGAACGUAGUCACGAUCGUAGCCCUGAGAGAUCCGAGCGAAGAAGGGAUGAUAAGGAAACUUACAGACCUAGGUCGAGGGACGGACGAUCACGACGAAGUGGAAGCCCUGAGCGCUACCGGAGAAGAAGGUCUCCAGACGACCGUCGUUGAUGAGUUAUGAACCUGAGUACUAUCUACCUUCAUUGUAUGGUUCGGGUUAGUCUACCGCAGAAUUUCGCAGCUAGGAUGUGCUAUGCAAUAUGGACUGGAGCAUAAACAUCAUAGACGGGGUCUGAUUAAGUUGAAAAAUUUCUACGAGAUAUCGAAGAACGAGGAAUGGAGGCACAAACACUGGCGGCUUUUACGAAUGCGAUGCCGUCUGCGAUUUUUUAGAUGAAGUGAUUGUAGCUGUGUAUUCUUAGACCUAAAUUUGCUUAGGUGGUACUUGCGCAUGCAUAGGCAGUACUUGAAUAAGGGUACUUACGUACCAGGUAAUUAGCACGAGCACGGUGUCAUAGGGCUGACUUAAUACAAAUAUGGAUAGGAUUGAUGCUUUCCUGAGGCAUGUGCUUGUCCCACGAUAAGAUGCGGAGUUAGUGGAGUUUAGGGGGAAGAUUAGCUGCAACGUAGAUAUGUACCUUGUAUUUUUUGGCCC